AUGGAAGUUAUGGUGGAUAUCGAGAGUGGCGAAGCAAGAAAUGAAUCUCACACGAAAACCGACUCGAAUUCAGGCAGCAAAUUAGGGAAGAAAACAUUGAACAAGCUCGUCGGUGGGGUAUUGGGAUUCAAGGGACUUGCCGAAAGUGUUGGGCCCACAACAAAUCCCGAUGGCAUUUGUCGGUAUAAGGUGGAUCACGACCCGAUCCAAGUUCCUGCACCGAAAGUUGAGAUAGAGAACAGAAAGGCCGAAAAAUUUAAGAAAGCUCCAAAGCCCCCUCGCCCACCGGGGAACCCGUCUUUGAAUGCUGCUGACAUUCGGCUGAUAAAAGAAAUAUCCAAGAUUGCUACGAAAAAAAGGGAGAGAUUCGAACGAAUAAAAGCUUUUAAGAAGAUGAAAGCGGCUCGAUUGCCACUAUCAUCAUCAUCAUUGUCAUCUUCAUUGUCUUUUUCGUCAUCUUGCAGCACCAUUUCGGCCAUGGUCGUCACGAUUUUGUUCUUUCUACCGCUAAUCUUCCAAGGUCUUGGUGGCAGCACUAGUUCGAAUGAGAGGCCAGCAUGA